GCUUACCGUCAACAGUGCGAUUCCAAACCGAAUACGGUGAAGCUGGUGCCAUUUUAGUUCGAUUUUUCUUUUUUGUUUUCGUUAGUUUCUUUUAUUUUCGCUUCUAGUAGCUUAAUUAUUUUUUUCCGCGAUGACCCAGUAAUAGUUCCAGCCCUAGCACUCCCAGUUUUCCUUUUCAGUUCUUAGUGAGUUUUUCUAGAUAUUAAUAAAAGGGACACCGAAAAGUACCAGCUAAAGCCGUAAUCGACCAGAGAGGUCUUGGGAUCGGCUGCUCAAAAUAACCGAAACCCAAACGAUCUUGCUAGAAAGCAGCCUUUUCUUGUUGACCCCGGUCCAAUACAAGCCAGCACCAUUGAAGACUUAAUAAAGAAAUUCUCUAUCACGACUUUUAAUUUGAGUGACGAAAAACCAGCCACGGCAAACAAGAACAUGAUGUCCAACGGGCUAGACUCCGGUGUUGGCCAGCAGAAUGGGAGCAGCAAUAACGUGGGCGGUGGCCAAGAGGAGUCCAAGACUAACUUGAUAGUGAACUAUCUGCCUCAGACGAUGACCCAGGAGGAGAUCAGAUCUCUGUUCUCCAGCAUUGGAGAGGUGGAGAGUUGUAAGCUGAUCAGGGACAAAGUAACAGACAAAUUACAACCUCUAAAUGUUGGAUCUGAAGACGAAGUUCCUGGGGUUAUCACUAGUCCGUUGCUUACAGGGCAAUCACUGGGCUACGGAUUUGUGAACUACCACCGACCUGAGGAUGCUGAAAAAGCUAUCAAUACUCUUAAUGGGCUAAGAUUACAAAACAAAACCAUCAAGGUGUCAUACGCAAGACCUAGCUCAGAGGCAAUCAAAGGGGCCAAUUUGUACGUUUCUGGACUACCAAAAAAUAUGACUCAGCAAGACCUGGAAGCAUUGUUCAGUCCGUUUGGUAGGAUCAUAACAUCGCGCAUUCUUUGUGACAACAUUACCGUACGUCAAUUUGUCUCGGGGGCCGGAGAAAAUUUACCUGAAACAGAAGUAAAUGGCCCUAAACUCGAAAAUCAGACUUCAAGUUUGUCGAAAGGGGUUGGCUUCAUUCGAUUUGAUCAGCGCAUGGAAGCUGAGCGUGCCAUCCAAGAACUGAACGGCACUAUACCAAAGGGAUCGACGGAGCCCAUCACCGUCAAAUUUGCAAACAAUCCCAGCAACAAUAACAAAGCUAUUCCUCCACUAGCAGCUUACUUGACUCCUCAGGCAACUAGAAGAUUUGCUGGUCCUAUACAUCAUCCCACUGGCCGCUUUAGGUAUUCUCCGCUGGCCGGAGAUCUCCUGGCCAACUCUAUGCUGCCCGGCAACGCGAUGAACGGCUCCGGUUGGUGCAUCUUCGUGUACAACUUGGCUCCCGAGACCGAAGAGAACGUGCUGUGGCAACUGUUCGGGCCGUUUGGCGCCGUCCAGAGCGUCAAAGUGAUCCGAGACCUGCAGACCAACAAGUGCAAAGGUUUCGGCUUCGUCACCAUGACCAACUACGACGAGGCCGUGGUCGCCAUCCAGUCUUUGAACGGUUACACGCUGGGUAACCGGGUGCUGCAGGUCAGCUUCAAAACGAACAAGAGCAAAACAACAUGAAGCGACGAUUCGUGGUAGAGAAGCGUAGCGGGGCCGCGCCCCCCAGCCCUAGCCGUCACUUAAUUUAUUCUUAUUUAUUGAUCGAGGGGCGGCAGUCCUAAACCUAGGUAAUUCGACGGUCGGUCGGUUGGGGCGGCGCCGCUCACGCAUUUUAGUACUUAAAAAUACGAAGCUAGUCAGAAGUGCAUUAGCGUUUCCUACAGCAAACCCUAUUCUCCGCGUUACGAUGAUUGGUUAGGGCUAAUUCCAUUAAAGGUGCAAAAAUACAAAUUUCGUCCAAUAAAUAAACACAGUUAAGCAUUCUAUGAAGAUGCAUUUCAAUUUGUCGAAUACCUACCAGAGGGGGCUAAAAAGAAUACUAAAAACUAAGUAUUUAUGGCUUGCUUAACUAUAUUUAUUUAGGGUCGUAUUUGUAGAUGCAAAAUUAUCUUUUGUUGAUUCAAAACCAAAAUUUUAAAUUUUUAAAUCUUUAAGAAUCUACUUGCUGGAAUUGGCCUUAGUAAAUGUAAUAAUUGUGCCAUCACCAUUCUUUAUUUCCGUGGGGAAGCAAAUUCCUCUCAAUUUCUAUAACGCUAAACAAUAUAUAUAUAUAUAUAUAUAUUUAUAUAUAUUUACGAGAUAGUAUUUAUUCAUUAUAAAAGAGAAGAAACUUUUCUUUUAAUUAUUAGUUAAUUCGUUUCAUUGUACUACUUUUAGUAACUUAUGUAUUUAAUGUAGUGAUUUAUUGUGUAAUCUUAUAUUCAAACUAGUCGCGUAGAUUGGCCGGUACGAGCUGGCCGGUUUUUCUUUGUCUUUUGUAUCGUAAUUUUGUGUUCGGCUAACGCGGGGCGCAGCGCCAAGGGUCGCGUCUAGUUUUGUGAUAGCAUCAUAGUUUUACUAGUUCUAGUAACGCAGCCGCGAUCGACUGACUCCUUAAAGUAACAGAUUUGACAGCCCUUGCCGCGCGCGCCCGCUUUAAGUUCAGGACCACUCGGUAGAACCGUAGUUUUUUUUCAUUUGAAACCAUACUCGCACAAACAGAAAACUCCACUCAGCUCUCUGUCUUUUAAUUUGUUUCCGUCUCCCCUAAUUCUAUCUAUCCAUUUUUUUAACUAAACGCGCUCAUUGGAAUUCUGAAAAUUUGAGAACCUUAGACCGAAGAAAUAAACUAGACACGCUUUUUUUAUCUACAUCUUGUAGCGAACAUAAACCGCGAUCUGACGUCACGCCAGGGCAAUAUACAUUUUGAGAAUUCUACAUGAGAAAAAAGCAGUGAUUAUUUGUUGCGUAACUUUGGAAUUGUAUUGCAGUAUAAUUACCAAGGGUAAGCGUCGUGCUUUUCUUAUCCGAUUUUAUGUUAUCUACCUUCGGUGAGUUUUCAGUUUAUGCGCAGCGGUGUAAAAAUGAGAGGGUUUAUGGACGAUGCGAGAAGCAUUUUUUGCCGAGUGGCCCGUCUGUGUGUUGUGUUUAUUUCACGUUUUUAUUAUUUGAUGACAGCUUUUCUUUCCUGACAUAGCGUGGUUUUUGCUUGAAUGCCAUCAAGUUACGACGGCAAUGCUUUCUUUGGCGAGGCCACAACGACACCAUCCCCUUUCCAAGUUUAACUUCCUCGUUUUGUCCCUAUUUUCAUUUCGAUUAUAAUUUUUUAGUUCGACAUCUCGAAUAUCCCGUUUAUUUAUUUGUAUAAUUUAUUAGUUUAGUUUUAUUUAUGGCGAUUUUUAAUUUUGGUUUAUGAUUUUUCUAUUCUCAGAAUACAGAUUAAAGUUUAUUUAUAAUUUCUGCCUUUCUUUUGAUUUUGAUUCUUGUGUAUAUCCCGCAACCCUUUCUCUUUUGUUGUGUGUCUAGCUGAAGUCGGUGGAUGACUAUUUUCUGCGCAUCCUGCACAAAGCUACCGUUGUUUGGUAGCUUAGCUAACCACUAAUCAACCACUCUAAACUAAAAACACUUUAUUUUUGUACAAAAAGAAAAUCUAAAACGAAACUUGCAAGAGAUAUAGCGUAAAUUAAAUUAAAAUUAGAUCCACUAACGCGUACCAAACUCCGUGUUUGAAGUCAUGCUUUUCGUUCAAGUGUUUUAUAUACAGAAUGUUCUCGUUCCAGGACAAAGCAAUUUUUUUCGAUAAUUGUGUAAAAGAAUUUCAAAAAAUAACUGUUUUAGAUUUUUCACGAAUGAAAUUCGCCGGAACAUUUUGUAUAUUAUUGCGACGUCUGAUGAUAAAAGAGCAAACGCACACCAUCUUUUGACAGCGCAAAUAUACGAAACUGUACAUACAUAGAAAAAUUAUAAGUUUGAAGUUUGAAGCGAAAUAAAUAAGCAAAUAAGUACAAUUAAGAAAAGUCAUUGAUAGCUUUAACAUUAGGCGGGGGAGUUUAAUUAUUUACUCCACACUAUCUUUAGACAGGGACUAAGUCUGGAAGAAAACAUGGUUUGAUGAUGUACCUCCCUGUCUAAAAAUAAAUCCGGCGAAACUUUAAAAAGUCGAACGAAAAUCGAGUCUUUUCGUUUCUCCCGAUGAUGGUAUAGCUAAAACGGCAUAACUAGACCUGGGUUUAUACGUCGAUAUCGAUAUUAACGCGCAGCGAACUGCAUCGACUAAGCGUCCAGGUCGAUACGGCUCCGGGUAAAAAGCAUUAAAAGUAAAAAAAGUAUUUAUAACACGGAAGUUGUUUGUUCAAAGUUUAACGCAAUAAAGUUUAUGUAAGUACAUAAAUGUGUCAUAUAGGUGCAAGAGAAAUCAAACAAAAAAAAAUGUUAAUAAGGACCAUAUCGAUAUGUGAUAUGCCGAUAAUUUAAAAGUAUUAAGAUGUAUGUACGUCCGAAUAAAAUAUAGUUAAUAAUAAUAUACGUGUAUACUAUUAACAAAGAAAAAGAGAAAUAAAUAAAUUACGGGAUUUAGCAAAUAAUACGUUGUUACAGAAAUAAAGCCUACUUUUACUGGUAUUAUCGAACCAGUUCACUGAAUUAUCUGUAAAUAAUUACCAAAAGAAGAGACAAAUGUCGUAUUUUUUUCUGGGAAAUAUAUCGCGAAACGUAUUUCGAAGUUUGUUGGAUCAAAUCGAACCGAAAAUAUUGCCGCUAUUUUUCUAGAUGGUCAUUUACCACAUCGAGGUGAAAAUUGUAGCUAAUCGAUAAACCCAGGUCUAAGGAAAUCCCCGAAUUUCGGGAACUGACGCUUUCGGGGCCGGAUUAAGGCAAAUUUUAAACCGAUCUGACGCCUAGAAAACAAGAAAGUUAAAAGAACAUAUUAUGAGAAAAUCGAGCUCUUGAAACUUGCUUGAUCCGCCUCUGGAACGCGUUAUUAUGACGCCGACACCAGCACGUUUAGUAGGGGUCAAUAAUGUACAAUCUCCGCCUAUUCAGGACACAGACAUUUCACUUUAAACCGUAUUGAUCGAACAUUGUUUACCAGUAUAUACUUGCGUGGGUUGGUUUGUACAAAAAUAAGCAGGCUGGUUUGGGUAACACCCACACCUCCGACCUUGAAAUUGCAACCCUUAAAUCCGAUUUAGCUGUUUUCUUUUGCUAUGUACCGAUGUAUAUCUUCAGAGAGUGUAAAAAAUAAAAUAGUAUAAUAUUAUAAGCUGUUAGCGCACAAACAUUAAAGCACACACACAAAACACUAUUUAAAAGGGAGAAAACUAUUUUCAAUGCAAAAAAAGAUUUUGUUUCUCCGAAAGUGUUUUUUAUCUUUCGGGAAAAUUGUUGUUAGGGUAUUUUUAGAUUGAGGAGUAAUUAAAAGAGGUGCUGUGUCACGGGAUACUCUAUAGAGAGAUUUAAACUGGCUGUGAUGAAACAGAUUAGUGUGAAGUAGGUAAAAUAAUUGUUAACACUGGUAACUUUAGGCAGAUGUUGCCGGAAAUAGAUGAAAAAAUAUGCGUGUUUUCUUUUUUAAUUUUGUUUCGACCAAAAGUGAAAUGUCUGUGACUUUGAUUGGGCCAGGGGAAGAAAUAAAAACAGUGUUCAGAGCACAAACUAGUGACGUAGGACGUAGUAGGUGAAUAUUGGUUACUCAGGCCUAAAAACGAAACACGUGUAGACUAAUUCCAUUUACAGAACAACGAUAUUUCCAUGAUAAUUAUAAUUAAUUAAAGAAAAAGAAUAUGUCUGUCGGCAAUGCUUAUUUAAAAAUUUUAGCCUCUAUUUGACUAGCGUUUGCUAAUAAUAUCUUUGCUUAACGUUUUUCAUUAUUACUGGUUGAUUAUUAUUAUUGACUUCGUGUCGUUAUAUUGCGGCGCGGACACUAUCUGUAUUUCUACAUAAGAGUUAUCUUUGUGUGUUGUGUAGAUCUCUAGCAUAAGUGUAUUAUAGUACAUUACAUAUUCCUAUUGGUUAAUUUAUCUAUGUGUAGCAGUUGUGUUGCGGGCAAGGGUUGUAUGAAGCCUGCGUGGAGGCGGAUACGGCCCUUGCCCUGGUCGGGCCCGUUCUGAACAGGGCCGGCCUGGCUCCUGCGCACGGCAGGGGCCAUAGCUCAAAAACAUUGUUGUGACAAGAUGCAUUCCAUUUUUAAAAGAAAACCACUAAUUGAUAUUUACAUAAAUUAUUAUAUACUCAUGCCUAUAUUCUAUCUGUUUUGAUAAAAAUUGUGAAUGCAAAGUUAUAAUAUGUACAGAAGUUUUAUUAUUAGGAAAUACAGUACCUCAUAACUGUAAUUCAUGCAAUAACUUAAUAUAAGAAAGUUCUUAUUACAAUAUACUUAUAGCUUUACUAGUUUUAAGAAGCGAGGUAUCAUGAUCUCUUUUGACCUCCAUUUUCUCACACAUCUUUCCCAUCAACGUCAACUCUCCAUUAAAAUUCGAACGAACAAAUAAAUCAAAUCCUAUCUGUCUUGUAAAUAACUACAUAAUUUCAUUGCGAGAUAUUGAAUUCUUUAUUUAAUACGCACAUAAUACUGUAAAAAGUUCUAAAGAAUCAGAAAGAUGUCUUUGAAAAUGGAGUUUUAGAAACCUGGAGGGGAAUUUCUGACUUGAGCAUGCAGAUUUCUCCUGUUUCCUCCUUUGUACCGCGCAAAAAAAACGAGUUUUUCGUUUUCCUAAACAACUUAUUUAAAACCGGUCGCAAGGGGGUGAAUGACAUAUCAACACAACGCCGAUUUUUGACUCUAAGGGCUCUGCAUCCGAUAGCCCCAAACGUAUCAGUUUUACUUCGAUCAGCCAUACGAUAACUUCAUAUUAUAUUCGUUAAACAAUUACGUGCACAAUUACGUACAUUACAAAUACAUAAUAAUCUCGUCAGUUGAUAACAAACAGAUCACUAAUAGAUAGAUAGAAACAAAAUAUAUUAUCGAAUUGCUGAUCAGAAUAUAGUGUCAGAUUUCUUAUAUAAAGCGAAUUAUUUAUUAAACUUGUUACGAGUUUUAAAAAAAAUGAUAAAAAAUACUAAGAGAAAAUUUAACAAAUAUCAUUUAAAAAAAAAUUUGCAAGAUGUGAAAAAUUUAUGAAACAAUUAUUAU